AUGAAUGAGACUAUUAAGCAUUUAGUAACAACCGAACUUAGGAGCAUUAAUGAGAAGAUCUCUAGUUUUCAGGAAGCUGUAAAUUUUUUUAAUACCCAAUUUGAAGAUGUGAAGGUCACGUUGGAGAAGACUACUGCAACAAUUGCUGAUCUGACGAAGGAUAAUGAGAAGCUUAAAUCUUCCGUAAAUGAUCUCACAACGCGAUUGAACACUGUUGAACUGCACAUGAGAGAGGCUAACUUGGAAAUCAACGGAGUUCCUGAGCACAGAUCCGAAAAUCUAUACAAAACUAUUGUCCAGCUUACAAAGGCAGUUGAUAAUCCUCUUCAGGUGGAUGAUAUCCUACACGUUACCAGAGUAGCCAAGUUAUCCAAAGACAAUGAUAGAUCCAGAGCUAUAGUAGCUAAAUUAAGAAGUCCUCGUACCCGUGAUAUAGUCUUGGCAGCUGUCAAAAAAUUCAAUAAAGAAAAUCCUCAAGAUAAGCUAAGUUCCCACCACUUAGGCAUUGGGGGAGCAAAGUCGUCGAUCUACGUGUCAGAACACCUUACACCUGCAAAUAAAUACUUGCAUGCUGCGACUCGGAAAAAAGCAAAGGAGCUGGCUUAUAAAUUUGUGUGG